GUGUAGGCACAUUUGCAAAAAAAAGCCUUCAUCAUUUCGUCCAAAGCUUUCUGGCAGAAGCGUCAUCGGCAUUCCCGUGCACAAUGUUGUUCAGAUUAUUUCUAGUCGUACUUCUUGCCCGCGUUUGCCAAGGUUCGGAAAAAUUGAAGGUGACGGUUUCUCCGCGCGAUGCGCUCGAGGGCAAGCCGGUGAAGAUCCAAUGCGAGGUGCCCUCAAAGAGACUGGCCAGAUUCCAGUGGCUCCAGCUGCCCCCGGCCACCGCCUCUCGCAGACAGCUGUCGAUGGACAAUUCCACCAUCGUCAUCUCGUCACUGCAUCGCAGCGACGGUGCCGACUACAAGUGCAUUGCCACCACCGAUGAUGGAAUAACCCACACGGGCUCGACGAAGUUGGACGUCUAUUACCCUCCCCAGUCCAUGACGUUGAGGCUGAGCCCCCACGGCGAUCCGGUGGCCCGAAGCGAUCGGAGCCCGGCGCACGUGGCCGUGGCAAAGGGGGCCUCGCUCACGCUCAUCUGCGAAGGGGACUCCAACCCGACGCUGAUAAUGGCGUGGAAGAGAGGGUCGGAAGAGAUCGACCACUGGACCUCGGAGUACACCGUCGAGCAGCCGCAAGAGGCCGUGUACACGUGCGAGGCCGUGUACGAGAUCGCCAACGUCAAGUACAACGUUUCCGUCAACGUCACCAUUCAGGAACCGGUCUCAAAGCCACAAGUGAAGGUAGAGAGCACGGUGGUGCUGGACCGGGCGGGCGCUGUGACCAUGACCUGCUCACACGACAUGAACACACAGCCCGAGUACGGCUGGUUGCGGAACAAUCGACCCAUCUCCGCCCAGGAGGAGAGGCACACGUUCAUCGAUGGAGGUGCCUCCCUGCGUGUGGAAAGCGUCCGCCGUACAGACACGGGGGACUACCGAUGUGCGGUGUGGAAUGACGUGAGCAAGGAGACAAGCGAGCCAGUGGCGGUGACGAUUCUCGAAGCCGUCACAAAGCCGCGAGUUGAGAUGGACAGAAGCGAGGCACUAGAGGGGACUCACUCUGUGACCAUGACCUGCUCACACCACAUGAGCACACAGCCUGAGUACAGUUGGUUGCGGGACAAUCGACCCAUCUCUGCUCCGGAGGAGAGACACAAAUUCAUCGAUGGAAAUGCCUCCCUGCGUGUGGAAAACGUCCAAAAGGAAGAUGCAGGGCUGUACCAGUGUGUGGUAAAAAACAGCUUGAGUACAGAGACCAGUGAUCCAGUGAGGAUGACAGUUCUAGAAGCCGCCACAAAGCCGCGAGUUGAGAUGGACAGCAGCGAGGCACUAGAGGGGACUCACUCUGUGACCAUGACCUGCUCACACCACAUGAGCACACAGCCUGAGUACAGUUGGUUGCGGGACAAUCGACCCAUCUCUGCUUCGAAGGAGAGGCACAAAUUCCUCGAUGGAAAUGCUUCCCUGCGCAUGGAAAACGUCAAAAAGGAAGAUGCAGGGCUGUACCAGUGUGUGGUAAAAAACAGCUUGAGUGCAGAGACCAGUGAUCCAGUGAUGAUGACAGUGCUAGAAGCCGUCACAAAGCCACGAGUUGAGAUGGACAGAAGCGAGGCACUAGAGGGGACUCACUCUGUGACCAUGACCUGCUCACACGACAUGAGCACACAGCCUGAGUACAGUUGGUUGCGGAACAAUCGACCCAUCUCUGCUCCGGAGGAGAGAUGCAAAUUCCUCGAUGGAAAUGCCUCCCUGCGUGUGGAAAACGUCAAAAAGGAAGAUGCAGGGCUGUACCAGUGUGUGGUAAAAAACAGCUUGAGUACAGAGACCAGUGAUCCAGUGAAGAUGACAGUGCUGGAAGCCGUCACAAAGCCACGAGUUGAGAUGGACAGAAGCGAGGCACUAGAGGGGACUCACUCUGUGACCAUGACCUGCUCACACGACAUGAGCACACAGCCUGAGUACAGUUGGUUGCGGAACAAUCGACCCAUCUCUGCUCCGGAGGAGAGAUGCAAAUUCCUCGAUGGAAAUGCCUCCCUGCGUGUGGAAAACGUCAAAAAGGAAGAUGCAGGGCUGUACCAGUGUGUGGUAAAAAACAGCUUGAGUACAGAGACCAGUGAUCCAGUGAAGAUGACAGUGCUGGAAGCCGCCACAAAGCCGCGAGUUGAGAUGGACAGAAGCGAGGCACUAGAGGGGACUCACUCUGUAACCAUGACCUGCUCACACGACAUGAGCACACAGCCUGAGUAUAGUUGGUUGUGGGACAAUCGACCCAUCUCUGCUCUGGAGGAGAGACACAAAUUCUUCGAUGGAAAUGCCUCCCUGCGCGUGGAAAACGUCAAAAAGGAAGAUGCAGGGCUGUACCAGUGUGUGGUAAAAAACAGCUUGAGCACAGAGACCAGUGAUCCAGUGAUGAUGACAGUGCUAGAAGCCGUCACAAAGCCACGAGUUGACAUGGACAGAAGCGAGGCACUAGAGGGGACUCACUCUGUGACCAUGACCUGCUCACACGACAUGAGCACACAGCCUGAGUACAGUUGGUUGCGGAACAAUCGACCCAUCUCUGCUCCGGAGGAGAGACGCAAAUUCCUCGAUGGAAAUGCCUCCCUGCGCGUGGAAAACGUCAAAAAGGAAGAUGCAGGGCUGUACCAGUGUGUGGUAAAAAACAGCUUGAGUACAGAGACCAGUGAUCCAGUGAUGAUGACAGUGCUAGAAGCCGUCACAAAGCCGCGAGUUGAGAUGGACAGAAGCGAGGCACUAGAGGGGACUCACUCUGUGACCAUGACCUGCUCACACCACAUGAGCACACAGCCUGAGUACAGUUGGUUGCGGGACAAUCGACCCAUCUCUGCUUCGGAGGAGAGGCACAAAUUCCUCGAUGGAAUUGCUUCCCUGCGCAUGGAAAACGUCAAAAAGGAAGAUGCAGGGCUGUACCAGUGUGUGGUAAAAAACAGCUUGAGUGCAGAGACCAGUGAUCCAGUGAUGAUGACAGUGCUAGAAGCCGCCACAAAGCCGCGAGUUGAGAUGGACAGCAGCGAGGCACUAGAGGGGACUCACUCUGUGACCAUGACCUGCUCACACCACAUGAGCACACAGCCUGAGUACAGUUGGUUGCGGGACAAUCGACCCAUCUCUGCUUCGGAGGAGAGGCACAAAUUCCUCGAUGGAAAUGCUUCCCUGCGCAUGGAAAACGUCAAAAAGGAAGAUGCAGGGCUGUACCAGUGUGUGGUAAAAAACAGCUUGAGUGCAGAGACCAGUGAUCCAGUGAUGAUGACAGUGCUAGAAGCCGCCACAAAGCCACGAGUUGAGAUGGACAGAAGCGAGGCACUAGAGGGGACUCACUCUGUGACCAUGACCUGCUCACACGACAUGAGCACACAGCCUGAGUACAGUUGGUUGCGGGACAAUCGACCCAUCUCUGCUUCGGAGGAGAGGCACAAAUUCCUCGAUGGAAAUGCUUCCCUGCGCAUGGAAAACGUCAAAAAGGAAGAUGCAGGGCUGUACCAGUGUGUGGUAAAAAACAGCUUGAGUGCAGAGACCAGUGAUCCAGUGAUGAUGACAGUUCUAGGGCGUGUCUCAAAGCCACAAGUCAACAUGAAUGAAAGAAAGGUCGAGGAAGGGCACAGCCCUCUGAUCAUGACCUGCACAAAUAGCAGGGAAACGGGUCACCAGUUCCUCUGGUUCCAGGAUGAACGGCUCAUCUCUGCUCCGGACCAGAGGUUGUCGCUCUCCAAUGGAGGCGCCACUCUGCGCGUGGAAGUCGUCCAACUCAGCGACGCCGGGGAGUACACGUGCUUGGUGCAGAACAACGCGAGCGAAGCGAUCAGUGAGCCAGUGACGCUAACCGUCCUGGAGUCGCUCUCCAAGCCGGAGGUGAAGGUGAACGACAGCGUGGCUCGCGACGGCGACACUCGCGCGGUGCGCUUGGACUGCUGGCUCGCCGGGCGAGCGCGGGGCGGCGCGUCGUACUCGUGGCUCCUGGACGGCCGCAGGCUAGCGGAGGAGCCGGGGAAGUACGAGACGUCGGCCGACGGCGCCUCCCUGCUGGUGCUGCCCGCGGCUGUCGGCGCGUCUGGAGAGUUCCAGUGCGAGGUGCGCAACGGCCUGAGCAGCAAGAAGAGCGAGCCCGUCAAGUUGCCCCCUCCCGCCAGGGCGAAGGCGAGCCCCCAGGUGAUCUUGGGGGCCACGCUGGGCACCCUGGUGUCGGCCGCUGCCGCGGGACUCGUCUUUUGGACGUACAGGAAAGUCGCCUUCAGCAGGAGUGGCGCAAAGGGUAGGGACAGCGUUACAAACUCGGCGACUUGAUAUCGGUUCCUGGCCACGGCUAACACCAGUGUUACGACCUGUGGAAGAGCAUCAAGGGACCCAAACCUCCGCCAAGCUCAAAAACAGCAACCACCAGCGUCUGAGUUGAGCAGUCUUGUCGUCAAAAGUUUGCGCGGACGGAAAGUUGAAAGGGUAAAAACCUACUACUAUAUUUUGCCACUGGUAAAGGAGGUCUCAUAGUGUAAAUUUUUACACCGAGCUCUCAAUACUCUGAUAGUGCACUGUUUUUGAGUUGUACGCCUUUUGGCGUCAUCUGGUCCAACACCAAUGGAGACUAGGCUCUAAGAAAAGCUGUCUCGGGUGUGGACCAAUCAACUUCAAGGACAGUGCAUAUAAUUAUCAGAGUUGUUUCUUUUUGUUUGCAUUUUGACUGCUUGUGUUGUGGUUAUUGCAAACAUGAUGCCUUGUAUAAAGGUGCCAGUUUUUGUACCAGUUGAAAGGGUAAAAACCUAUUACUAAUGGAAAGAAUCCUGUUGUUGUGUGUGGUCGGAAGGAGUCGCUGGCCCGUGAGGCUGGGCGCAAGCGAUGAGUCUUGAAUGUAAAUAUCUCAGGGUUUCGGAAGGCAAUUUCAGAUCGUUUUUGGAUCUUCCGAUCGUCCACAUUUUUGUUGUGUACUCAUUUCAAAACGUCUUCGUGCUAACAAUAGUGAUGUCACCCAAUUCCACGUGACAUCACUUUUGGCGAAGAAAGCAUGGAGGUGACGUAAUGAUUUCAUAUCAGUCCGAAAGACGUGACAUUUUUUGGACUCUCCGAAAUUUCAUUUCUUUGGUUCGAUUUUCGCAUUAUUCAGAUUCAAUCCGAAAAUCGGGCACGCAUCCCUACUGUGUGCAGUCACACGAUCACUAUGAGUUAUAACACUGCAGAAUAUUUUAUGUGGGGGGGGGGGGGGGGGGGACAAAACACGCACCUGAAAUCCACCCUUGCAGAUCUGACAUUUGUUUUUAAAUCAUCGAUUACAAAAUUACGUAAAAUGCAAUUGCGCUUGAGUGCAAUCGCCAUUUCCGUUUACACCGAUAAAUCCCUGAACACGUCUGGCCAGCGUGGAAGAGUAGGCCAAGACACCGUCUGGAGGGGCUCUCCAUAGCUCCCUCGAGUGCAGGCUCUUGCGCGAGCAGUGGUGUGAGCAAACAAUUGCAGCGCUGCACCUUUAGCUACGUAUACACCCCUCCUGAGAUCCACGUUAAAAUAUUCUGCUCUGCAAUUCUAUCAUCCAGAAACUACAGUCAUAAUUUGAUCUUUUAGUGGAAGGCCUGACUGUAAGGUUUUCCCAAGAGGUGCCUAUUUUCUAUGGGGCAUUUAGAUACAUGGUACAUUAUAGAGUUAUCCCCCACAAACUCUAACUGGUCAUUUGCUUUUGCAAGUCUGAUAGUACAUGAAUAAAUGGAUAAUUGGUCAACAGAGGAUAUAUCGCUGUUAUUCUCUCCGGAUAGAAAGCACUUUUUCAGUGUAUAUUAAAGCAAAAGUUACAGAUGCAUCUCAUAAUCCAUGAGGUGUGUGUACCCAGAUUUGUAUAACUUCAUACGCACCGGUCACACGCUUACUGUGCAGUGCAUUUCAUAAUCCGGAGAGCGCCGCAAAACAUCGGUUACGUAAACAAAACGAACGCGUAGCAAACAACAGUAUAAUUAAUGUGUAAAAAAACUGAUUUUUUUUGUUAUUUCAUGACCAUGUUAUUGUGCUGGGUGAGACGCUACAAGAACACGGCAUUCUAAUCGCAGAUCGUCGUAAUCCCGUUCACGGUGGUGACAUUUUCCGUUGCCUCUGAAAACUUUCAGACUGAGUAUUUUAUUUUAAAAAAAUACUGCAGGAGGUCAGAUUUAAAAUCAAGCUCCCUUCGUCAAAUUGUGAGGCUCGUAAUUGUCGCUUGGGUAUGCGGGGAAAUUUGUUCAACUCUUUGAUGUCGGGAACAAACUGGGCAUACCGAGGAUCCAUUACUAGCGGCUAAUAGUAAUAUAUGCAUUUACAGUAGUUUUCUUUUCCUUUUUAAAUAACAGCAGUUAAUUUCGUUUGUUUCACAUACAAAUAAUGUGUCUCCAACCACACAUAAUCUGUUCGUUCCUUUAUAAUGACAUAAUUUUAGACAGUUUAAUUUUUUUAGCCAUGUGCGAUAUGAAUCGAUGUUAAUGGCAUUUCUGUCGUAAAUGAUGCAUCUUAAAUUGAGCUAAUUAUUUAAAAGAAAAACUACAAAUUUAAGUAUGCCUUGCAAUGUUCUACCUACCGACAGUAAUUAUUGCAAUUCAGAUAUUAAGAUAACGAUUAAAAAAAAAAAUGUUUUAACUUCAAUCUGAAAACCAUCCUUUCAGAGCGUUCAGUGUUUAUUUUAUCUCGUUUUUUGUUUUUACAUGAACGUAGUAAAAUCUGAGAUAAAGCCUCGAGCACUAAUACAAUGGUAAUUACAUUUACAAUGGCUCCUUAUCAGUUGUUGUUUUUAGAAAGCACAAGACCUACAGCAGCAGAUUAGCAUGCAUUGCAUAAUAACAAACAACAUUGCAUUUCAACAAAAAAAUAAUCCACAUUGGAUCCUAACAGCCCAGAGAAUUUCUACCCUAUGUGUGUACUUGUGUUGAACAUCUUUCGCACCGCACUUAGCCAACCGUGCUAAUCGGAGGUGCGGGGGAAGAACAACAAACUAAACGCAAAAAAUAAGUUCUAGAAAAAUGAGAUUUCAAUCGACUGUAUAUUUUUAAGUGUAAAGCUCCAGUGGCUUCCUAAUAUCGGAAGGAAUUGCGUUCCAGAUGGGCGCAGAAGCGCGUCUGAAAGCGCGUGAUGCAGUGACCGUAUUUUGUUCGACGGUUUGGCCAAAAGGCCGCUGUGAGGAUGACCGGAGUUUGAAAACAAAAAUGAAUGUAAAAAUGCGAAUAUUUUCUCAAGUUCUAUCAACAACUUUGUCCGCAACGUCAUGGUCCAAUCUUAGAACAUGCAAAUUUAUGACAAUGAAAAACAUCUGGCUCCGAAAUGUCCUCCAGUGUGUCUCGAACCUUGAGAUGCAGCCGUCACAUUUGUUGAUUAGUUCACAUUAUAUUGUAAAAAAAAACGUUAUUAUACAGUGAUACGCAGCUAUAUUAAAGUGGUACUAAUAUACACUUUGAUUCAUAUGUAUUUCUGUAAAAAUAUGAACAAAAGCAGAAUGUGAGGAUAAAAAAGUACAUCUAAUAAAUCCAUAUGGUUUAGCCGAAGUUAUGAUUCUUACGGGAAAUUGGCAAUUGUGAAAUGAUUCCAUUUUGAUUUCACUAUUUCCCCAAUUGCCAAACUCAGAUCUCAUUUUUUUGUUGUUGCAACGAAAGAGCAAUUAGAUUUUUUUCAUUUCCUCUAUGGACACGUAAUGGGGUGCAAGAGGGCAUCACAUCCUGUAUCAAGACAUGUGCAACUACAUUGACCUUGCUAUUCAGUCACAGUACAGCCAAUAAAACUUGCCGUGACGCCGGCACACGUGACUUCUAAGAGCCUUUAUUCAGACACAGCACUCACGAUGCCCAGGGCUGGUUCUUGAGAGCUUGAGCUCCGUCUCUUCUCGACCGUCCCCUCUCCUUGCGCUCGUUUCCUUUAAUACCUAACCAGGGGCGGUUUCUUCAUUAGGGCGAUUGGGCGACGCACCACCAAUGUCAUUCAACCACAGAGUCACGCUAGCCAUCACUGUGCCUCUGGAUAUAGUCCUAAUCAUCGUCAUGCUACGUUCUGUGGAGUACCGCCUCUUUUUGGGCGAUUUCCCUCCGGCUGAGAAUCGCCCCGAGUGGUCCCAUAGACUUACAUUCAAAGAUGUUUUUUUUCGAACGGGGGGCGCUGCAAUGCAUUCUCUAUGGCUUCUGGGAGGGCUCGCACUAACGUGCUUACGUCAUCAUACGUAAGCACGUUUCAUCCAACAAAAUUAUUUGUCGCCACCUAGUGGAAUCUUUAAUAAAAGAAACAUGAGUGGAUUGUAUUAAUAGUGAGUAUAGAAACAAACAAGAUGUAUUGUAAGAGUCACUUUAUUUUUCAUUAAUAUUAAAGAAGUGAAGUUGCCUUUACAUGCUUAAGCUGUUAAUUGAUCCUUUGCAUGGGUGGACCUUAUCCUUAUCAAUCAUUCAGACAUUUGCCCCCCCUGAGAGAUUUUGCAGGAGCCGCCACUGUACCUAACCAAGGCCCCUCUCUGGAAGCUUCGAUCACCCCACUCCCUUCGGUCAAUCCUGACCCUUCCCCACCAGCGGCUCUCAAGUGUCCUACUACAUUCUAGACUUGAAGCUUUCGUGACUGCAAGGAAUCAUAUUCUUAGGUGUUUUUGGUAAAGUCACGUAGGUAAAACAUCAAAAUUAAUAAAAUAAUAAAAUAAAAUAAAGAUCACGACGUUUCGGAGACUUGUGUUGCCUCCGAAACGUCGUGAUCUUUAUUUUAUUAUUUUAUUAAUUUUGAUGUUUUACCUACGUGACUUUACCGAAAACACCUAAGAAUAUGUCCUACUACAAUCCACCCUUUGUACUUACCGCUUCUUUAACUUUCAAGUCUUUCCUCUAAUUCCUUCCAAUCUUCGCCUCCUCCUCCACCAAUCGCUGUGGAGGCCUCUCUGCACCAGUGAGAGAACUUAGCCUACUUUCCGAUUGCAUGUCUGACCGUACAAUUGCGUCAACUAAUCGGUCUGUUAUCUCGGUCAUUACAAACCCUGUAUCGUGGAGAUGUAGAAGCCCUGUACGCAGGGAUUAUUGUUAUAUGCUACACAGUUUUAAAAAGAUCACACUAUUGUGUGAGAAUAUGUAUGUGGUUUUGACUGUAAAUCUACUGCAUACGAGGCACAAAAUGUGUAGGACAUGAGAGUUAUAGAAAGUAAUAUUUAAUUGCAGUAACACCGAUACACUGCACGGGAUGAAGGCAUUUGCACGAACAGGUCUAUUGUUAAGUGCAACAGGGUCGCAGUGGUGAUCUCGAUUGGUGGAAAUUCCACUGCCCCAUGACAGGCACCAGUCUUGCUGUAUGACAACCACUCCAAACUUCUCACAAGGUUGUCUGAUUGUUGUUGUUGCCGAUUACCAAAUCACCCAGAACGCACCCAAUGGUGUCAUGCCUCAGGCUAUGUAGAGUUCAUCUUCUUGGUUUUUUCGGUAAAGUCACGUAGAAGGGAAGUAAUAAAAUAAUAAAAAGAAAACAUAAUAAGAAUUAUUUUAUUAUGUUUUAUUUGUAUUAUUUUAUUACUUCCCUUCUACGUGAAUUUACCGAAAGAACCAAGAAGAUGAAUCCCUGCAGUCACGAAAGCUUUAAAUCGAAAUUUAAGUAGAGUUCAGUUCGCGUAGUACGACUGCACUCAGAUUGGAAACUUGCCUUCGUGUUUACCAGGCUUUGGCUGCCAGGUUUCCAGGGAACGCUGUUAGUAGAGUCUGUUCGAUAACACUGCGUGUUUUCAUAAUGGGAUAUCACGCGAUGAAUGCUUUAAGGAACACACUUUAUAUAACGCGCUUGCGUUAUAUAAACUGAACGGAACUAGGUCGCGCGAGUAGGAAUAAGCGGUCGGACGGCUGCCUCGGCGUAGGCGUCAUUCAAGGCGGGAUGCUGCUGGAUGCUUCGAGAUGCUACCCACGCGCCUCAGUCUUUGUUCAGCCUGCUUACACAUCUCACUGUGCUAGACCCUAUAUAAUUUACUUUUCAUUAUAACGCGAUUAUUCCACAGCGCGGAGUUCUUCGGGAACGCAACUGCCGUGUCAUAUGAGAACAGACUUACCGCACAGAAAAUAAUUAUAUCCGUGGAAGGCUUUGAGUUGUUACCACUUGUAUGCACGGGUCUUCUCCAAGCACUCCGGGUUUUCUCCACUGGCCGGACGUCCACUGAUGGAACUGGCCAAACAUCCUGGUACGGGACUCUUGAGAGUGAUUUUGGGUUGUGCCUCAUGUUGCUCGACACGAUGUCUUGCCAUUUCCCUCUACGUUGCUGAGAAAUUCCUCAGGAAAUGAGGGCCUCUGAGAAAAAGGCUUUCCCAGGUGAGUUAGGUCACUAUUGUUGACCACAUUGUGGAGAUGACAGGCGUAGUUGUUCCGCUCUUCCUUAAGUGCCAUUCUCGACUCAAUAUUGUGCAACAAAUGGGUCUUUGAUAGCGAGUAUUUCCCCAAAGUUACCGCACAUACAGAGCAAGUGAUUUCGCGUAAAAAAAUAUAUUUGUGUUGUUUUCAAUUGGAAUACUUUAGACAUUUUAGUUGUAUUUUUAUCAUGUACAUAUACAGGCCUUUAACCAAUCCACUGCUGAAUGAAGGUCUCCUCUCCAUGUCCUGCGUUUGGGAACGAGGUUGGGGGUAGAUAUUUGACCAUAUUUCACCAUGCUGCUUUUCUGCACUGACCUCUGAUGACUACAAUGUAAGGUGUGGUUGAGUAUAUUUAAUACAUAAAAAACAAUUAAGAUGUUUCUUUUGUGCACUGAAAUGGCCAAUUUCUGUGAAUGAAAUUGUAGACUGUUACCGUGAAAUUGUAGACUGUUAUCGUCAUAUCGUGGCCUUUAUUAUCAUCGUGAAAAUAAAUACAUGUUGCGUCGCCCCUAGUUUGGAUAACCAUGCAACGGUAAACCGGCUGACAUUACCCUCUUCACGUAGACCAAGGUUCUCCACAUUUGGUGGCCAGGGCAUGAUGCUCAACUUUCUUGUGAGCUCUCCAAACUUGUGAGCUCUUCAACCAAGAGCUCACGGGAAAGGCGAGUGGCCUACAGUUAGCACAAUACACAUCUGCACAAGACUUGAAUGGUAAAUUCGCUCAAUUUUAGCCCGCUGCAGUGAUGUUCUUGCUAUCAAGCAGUGUUAAUGACAACGGUGAUAGCGAGAGUAUUCUUGAGUCGUGGCUAAAUGCACGGUUUUCAGCGAGGUUCCAGAUUAUCAUCUAUUAUCGGUAAGGAAUUAUAUUUGCCGAGUGCAGUGUGGUUUCACUUGUCAUUGAAUUAUUCACGUGGUUAACGGUGUAAGUAACUAGAUCACUUGUAUGUAUCUAUGUUCAACUUCUUUUGCACCAUACAUAGUCAAGUGUGGUAAUCGGAGGUGCGGGGAAAUAUAUAUUUUUUGUAAGGCAAUCCAUUUUAUAUUGUAAGUUGUAUCGUCCGCUAAGUUUUU